AUUUCUUAUCUUGUCUUGGGUAGCCUGUAGAGCCUUUUGGCAGUAGGAAGAGAGAGAGAGAGCCCCACACAGGCACACACACACACACCCUUCUCUUUUCUCUUGCUUUUCAUUUGCUGCAUUUGGCUGUGGAAUGCAAGAGUCCUUGAGUGGGGUUAGAGCUUUGUGGUUGGUGGAUCUGUUCUUCUUUGCUUAGCCCUGAAAUGGGUUUGUGAAUUUCUUCUUUUAUUCUAUCUGGGUUUUGGUAGUUUCAAAGUUCUGAGUGGUGGUUCUUGACUAUAUAGUCAGGCCUACAAUGGGUUUGGGAGUGAGUUCAGUUUGAGUCUUCAGUUUUGAAUAUUAUUUGUUCAUCUUGCAGUUCUGAAAUUUGCCUCUUGGAUUGAGUAAAUUUUGGGUUUUGUUUUUGGCCAUAGAUAGAUUAGCUCUUGUGAGUGAAUUGAGUUCAUUCAAGUGAGAACUAUGGCUCCAAAUGUUGAUUUUUCUAGGUGGUGGGCUAAGGAUGCAAGGAAGGGAACUCCAGUGGUAGUGACCAUGGAGAACCCAAAUUACUCUCUACUAGAAAUUGAUGGCCCUGAUGCUGCAUUCAGGCCAGUUGACAAAGACAGAGGCAAGAAUGCAAAACAAUUUACAUGGGUUUUGUUUCUCAGGGCUCAUCGAGCCGUCGGUUGCCUUGCGUGGCUCGGAAAUUUCCUCUGGGCAUUGCUUGGUGCCAUCAAGAAAAGAUUGAUUUUUGGGCAAGGAGUAACAAUGGAGAAUGAAAAAGCAGGCAAGGGAAAGUUAUUAUUUGGGCUAAUUCUUGCAUUGUUAGUGUCUGCUAUGGCAUUUCUGGCCUUCGAAGUUGUUGCCCACUUGAGAGGUUUGCAUUAUUUCCAGAACCACAAUUUGCACAUCCCACAAACUUUGGAGAUUCAAGGAUGGUUCCACACGGUCUAUGUUGCUUGGUUGGAAUUUCGUGUUGAUUACAUUGCACCACCAAUUCAAGCUCUUUCUCGUUUCUGUGUUGUUCUCUUCCUUAUUCAGUCUGCCGACAGGAUGAUACUUUGUCUAGGGUGCUUCUGGAUCAAGUACAAGAAAAUCAAGCCUAGAAUUGAUGGGAAUGUGUUUAAAUCAGAUGAUCUGGAAGGUGCAGUGUGUAAUUACCCUAUGGUCCUAGUUCAAAUUCCAAUGUGUAAUGAGAGAGAGGUAUAUGAGCAAUCUAUUUCUGCAGUAUGCCAGCUUGAUUGGCCUAAAGAUCGGUUGUUAAUUCAAGUUCUUGAUGACUCUAGUGAUGAGAGCAUUCAGUGGUUAAUAAAAGGAGAGGUGUCCAAAUGGAGUCAGAGGGGUGUUAACAUUAUAUAUCGGCAUCGAUUAGUUAGAACUGGUUAUAAGGCUGGGAAUCUGAAGUCUGCUAUGAAUUGUGAUUAUGUUAAGGCAUAUGAGUUCGUGGCCAUAUUUGAUGCCGAUUUUCAACCACAUCCAGACUUCCUUAAGCAGACAGUCCCUCAUUUUAAGGACAAUCCUGAAUUGGGCUUGGUGCAGGCUAGGUGGGGUUUUGUAAACAAGGAUGAGAAUCUGUUGACACGCCUCCAAAAUAUUAAUUUGUGCUUCCAUUUUGAGGUGGAACAGCAGGUUAACGGAGUCUUCCUCAAUUUCUUUGGUUUCAAUGGGACUGCUGGUGUCUGGAGAAUCAAAGCGCUUGAGGAUUCUGGGGGUUGGCUUGAGAGGACAACUGUAGAGGACAUGGACAUAGCUGUUCGUGCCCAUCUUCAUGGUUGGAAAUUCAUCUUCCUUAAUGAUGUGAAGGUCAUCUGUGAAGUUCCCGAGUCUUAUGAAGCUUACAAGAAGCAGCAACAUCGUUGGCACUCUGGUCCAAUGCAGCUUUUUCGUUUAUGCCUUCCAGCCAUCAUUACAUCUAAGAUAUCAUUUUGGAAGAAAGCAAACUUAAUACUACUAUUCUUUCUCUUGAGGAAGGUCAUCCUCCCAUUUUAUUCUUUCACGUUGUUCUGCAUCAUUCUUCCUCUAACCAUGUUUGUCCCAGAAGCCGAGCUACCUGCCUGGGUUAUUUGUUACGUUCCUGUGUUCAUUUCAUUCCUAAGCAUUCUUCCUGCACCAAGAUCCUUUCCGUUCAUCGCCCCUUACCUCUUAUUUGAGAAUACAAUGUCCGUGACAAAAUUCAAUGCCAUGGUAUCUGGAUUGUUCCAGUUGGGAAGCUCAUAUGAAUGGGUUGUCACCAAAAAGGCUGGUCGAGCAUCAGAGCCUGAUUUACUAGCUGCAGAAGAAAGGGAAUCUAAAGGCAUAAAUCGCCCACAGAUACUAAGAGGUGCCUCUGAUAGUGGCCUCUCCGAGCUCAACAAAUUGAAAGAACAUCAAGAAUCUUCUCCCAAGUCUCCUGUGAAAAAGACGAACAAGAUAUAUAAGAAAGAACUUGCCCUGGCUUUCUUAUUACUUACAGCUGCACUCAGGAGCCUGUUAUCGGCUCAAGGAGUACAUUUCUACUUCUUGCUGUUUCAAGGUGUGUCCUUCCUCCUUGUGGGUCUUGACUUAAUUGGCGAACAAGUGAGCUAAGUCUAUCUUGGAAAAGGGAAAAAAGAAAGAAUAUGUCAAUUCAAAAUAAAGGGAAAAACGAAUAUACUAGAAAAUUUGUCUAUAAACCCGGUUAGCAGCAGCAAGAUCAAUAUUGGCAUUCCCAUUUGGGCUGCCGAUCCUUUGCCUCAGGUGCUGCUGGUAAAAGUUAACCCACCCCCGUUUCAAAUGAGUUUUUCCCUCUCUUUCCACUCGAAAUUGCCCUAUAGAAUUCUUUACCUAUUUCUUUUUUGAUUGAUUGCCUUAAAUCUAGGGAUUUUUUUCUGGGACUAUUUAUGACAUAGCAACAUUAUAUUGUAAUUCUCAUAGUCAUAGAUCUUGUUCUUCCACUUCUGUACUACUACUACCACUAUGGAUUAUGUUUGCUGUUAUUCUGUGUAAUGGCCAGAGGUUCCUUUUCAUCUUUUACGUUUGUAUAUAUUCUUCCUUGGUGGUGUGAUUUGGUAUCUUAGCCAAUCUUGUCUUUAAAGAAACACCGAGGCUUUGGUGUUUUGGUGCCCCUGAAAUUUUCUUGGGUAAUGAUGUGUGUCCUACAUCUUUUACGAAGUCUUGCUUACCAAAUGUAUGUGGAUCGUUGUAUCUAGUAAAUCUUGUAAAUUUGCAUAAGCUAGUCAAGUUCCAAGGCUCUCUCUUGCACAUUUUUCGCCUUUUUUUUUAUCUGACGUUGAGUAUAUUGGUGUCUCUUUCAUGGAGAAUUUGGGAAGGUAAGAAAUAAUGUCGGCAGCCAUUGAGGACUGUAGAGUCAAGUUAGCGUCACGGUAUCAUCACCAAUGUGGUCACAGCCCAAUUCUAGACCUAAGAUUUAGAAGAGAAGGGUGGUCACCAGUGAGUCCCACACUUUCCCACUUGAUAUGAUCUGCUUGAGAAGAGCA